AUAAAGAGCAGCCAAUGACCUGCCUGAUUGUUGGUGCUGGUUCCAGGGGCAAGGCCUACUCAAUGUAUGCAUCUCUGUACCCACAGGAUAUGAAGGUUGUGGGAGUAGCAGAGCCAUCUGAAGCUAGAAGGAAGAAAAUUGUGGAAAUAGGAACUAUUGAAAAAGACAAUGUAUUCAGUGACUGGCGAGAAGCUGCUCAAAAAGAGAAGUUUGCAGACUUUGUAAUUAUAGCUACAACUGACCGUGAUCACAAGGAGCCAGCUGUGGCUUUUGCCAAACUUGGAUACCAUAUCCUCUUGGAGAAACCUAUGGCAGUUACGGAAGAGGACUGUCGAGAAAUUGUGGCUGUGUGCAAGGAAACUAACGUCAAAUUGGCUGUCUGUCAUGUUCUUCGCUAUACGGCCUGGGUCACAACAAUUAAAGAUAUUAUAGACUCCGGAAAAAUUGGAGAUGUUGUCAGCAUCAGGCACACAGAACCUGUAAGUUUGUUGGGUUUCUGGCAUUUUGCUCAUUCAUUUGUCAGAGGAAACUGGCGAAAUGAGGCAACUAGUACAUUUAGUCUGCUGUCCAAGUCAUGCCAUGACAUUGACCUCAUAAAUUAUUGGAUGACACCAAGACGGUGCACUAGUGUGGCAUCUUUUGGAAAGUUAUCUCAUUUUACACAAAAGGACAAGCCACCAACUGCCACAAGCAGAUGUCUUGACUGCCCUGUGGAGCCAAACUGUGCAUAUUCUGCCAAAAAGCUUUACCUGGGUUAUGCCAAAUCUGGAUACACUGGAUGGCCAGUGAGUGUCAUCACAGAUGUAGUGGACAUCGAGAAUGUCACUGAGGCUUUGCGAACUGGCCCCUAUGGAAAAUGUGUGUAUGACACUGACAAUGAUGUUGUAUCGCAUCAGGUGACCAUAUUUCAAUUUGAUGAUGGAGCUACCGCGUCUUUCAACAUGGUGGCCUUUACAAAACGCCUGUGUGCCCGAGAAGUCAAGAUCUAUGGCACCAAGGGAGAGAUUGUCUUUGAGGAUGGCUGGGAUAAUAUUGAAGUUUUUGAUUUUUUGACCCAGCAGACAGAUCGUCAUGACGUCACAAGCAAACAUCCUAACUCCAUGGGAGGGCAUGGUGGGGCCGACUACUACCUCAUGAAGUCGUUUAUAGCAACACUGAAGGAAACGGGAGAACAGCUUGUAACAGGACCAGAAGAGACAUUAAACAGUCACUUGCUUGUAUUUGCUGCAGAAAAAGCAAGGCGGGAAAACCGGGUAGUUACCAUCAAUCCAGAUGGCACAUUUUAA